UCCUUCUGCUGCUACCACCGCUGCUGCUGACACCACCACUCCCAAAACAAAUUACAAUUAAUUGUAAUUAGCUAAAUAACUCCAGCAAUUACGGUUUAAUAUUUGAGUAACCACUGGCCCAUCAUCCGUAAAAAUCAACUUGAACCGGAAAAAGUCCAGGUUAUAGUAACCACAUUAUGGCCAGCAGUUCAGUCAGCUCACAAGCCACGUCCCCAAUCCCAUCAGACCUGAAGAAGGUUGCUAAACGGGUGAAAAAGAAGAAGGAAAAGAAAACCAAGCAUAGCAAACAUGGCAAGAAACCAAAAGAUAAGAAAGACAAGGAUAAAAAGAAGCAUAAAAAGGAGCACAAGAAACACAAGAAAUCGAAAGACCCAACCACUGAUGAUGGGACACAUGUUGAUGAUGGAGCUUCCACCAAUAUACAAGUGCCAUCCAGCCCGGAAAUGUCGCCUUUAAGUAUUGAUGCAAGUUCUAAAAAUAUUGGUACAUCAAUAUCAAUAGCUGAUGACAUUUCGAACGCUUCCAUCGCUCUCUUGGAAGAUGAGAUGAAUUUGGAGGAAUUAAUGAGACAAAAAGAAUUAUUGCAGAAACGUCUGGCUGUUAUUGAGUCUGAUGGAAGCGUUAGUAAGAGACAUCAUACUAGUGAAAAGGACAAGAAACGACAUUCUUCCGAGAAUAAUUUAAAUGGAAACGGAAACACUACCAACAAAUACCGAGGCCAUCAUCAUGAUAAAACAGAGUCUCGCAGUUUAAAGAAGGACCAGUUUGCUGAAUUGAAUCCUACUCGUGAUGUUGAUGAUGAAAUACAGUUUCAUUCACAAAGAUCCACCAAGCAAAAUUCUUCCCAUGAUCGACACGAAGAACCUUUAAGAAAGAAAACCCGAGUUCAUAUUAGCCCAAGUGGAGAAAGUGAAGCCAAACAACACAACACGAAUAUUUACCACCACAAGAAUUCUAAUGAUCGAAAAGAGAAAGCAAACGAAAUGAACGAUUCGAUUAAAAGGCAUGGUGGAAAGGAUGACAGUGGUGGCAGAGGUCCGAGACCAAGCAACUCUCCAAGGCGUGAUCGUGAACGCGAUAAUUCACGGAACAACAACAAUAGGGAUUUUGAGAGGAGCGGUAGGAGGGGAGGGGGUAAAGAUUCAUUAGAUCAUCAUAAUAGGGACAAUAGGGGAGGAGAUCGGAGGGAUCCAAAUCACCGAGGUGAUUUGGACCGAGACCGAAAUCAUUUUAGAGAUGACAGAGAUAGUAGAAAUAGACAUCAUCAACAAGACAUGCAUCGGAAGCAACGAGGAGGAGAUGAUCGAAAUAGCGAUCGCCGUGGCAGACGUGGUUCGCAUUCGCGAAAUCGAGGAGAGAGAACCAGCGAUGGCAAACGAAAUAACAAUAAAGAUGAGGAACACCAUAAGCGAAGUCGCAAGCAAGAAGAAUCAGAGGACGAGGAGCUGGACAUUCAAAUGAACGAAGAGGAUGAGGACGAAGAUGCCAUUAUCCAGAAGCGACGACGGGAACGAGAGGAGCUGAUGCGGCGCUUGGAAGCAACUGAGGAUUCUAACAUGUCAAUUGGAUCAAAAUCUAGCGUGAGCCCUUCUGACAGUCGAGUUUUAUCCGAGCAGAGUGAGAUUACGCUCGAUAGUGAUAGUAAACUUUCUAACUCUGUUCAAUCUAAACCCUUCCAAUCUCCUCAAAACAGCGUUUCCAAGACCAGUGAUACCAGUAAUAGUGCCCAUCGCAAUUUUGGUGAAAUAGCUGAUGACGAUGUUCAUAAAGAGCUCCACAAAAAAUCAUCUGAGCCAGUGGCACGGAAAGAAAAGCCCAAGUUUACCGAACAAGACAUGUUUUCGGAACACUUUGAUAGUCCUUCUGAAGGUGUCGAAGGUUGUGUUAUUGGGCGUGAUGAAAAUCCUAACCUGACAGAUAAUUGGGAUGACGCUGAAGGGUAUUAUCGUGUCCGUAUUGGGGAGCUGUUGGAUGGCCGCUACACAGUUUACGGAUAUACUGGUCACGGAGUAUUUUCCAACGUUAUCAGAGCAAGAGAUGCUGCGAGGGAUAAUGAAGACGUUGCUGUCAAGAUAAUUCGUAACAACGAAAUCAUGCAAAAAUCUGGAUUAAAAGAGCUUGAAAUAUUAAAGCGCCUCAAUGAUGAAGAUCCAGAUGAUAAGUACCAUUGCGUAAGGUUAAAGCGACACUUUUCCCAUAAACAGCAUUUGUGUAUGGUAUUUGAGCCUUUGUGCAUGAACUUGAGAGAAGUGCUAAAAAAAUAUGGGAAGGACGUUGGCCUUCACAUCAAAGCUGUCCGUUCGUACUCUCAGCAACUGUUUUUAGCCCUAAAACUUAUGAAGAAAGCUAACAUCUUGCAUGCAGAUAUCAAACCUGAUAACAUUUUGGUGAAUGAAAGCAGACUGCUGUUGAAACUUUGUGAUUUCGGUUCGGCAAGUUAUGCUCAUGAAAAUGAAAUCACUCCAUAUCUGGUCAGUAGGUUUUACAGGGCUCCAGAAAUAAUUUUAGGCUUAUCCUACGACUAUGCAUUGGACAUGUGGUCCGUCGGAUGUACAAUUUACGAGCUAUAUACGGGGAAAAUUUUAUUUCCGGGAAGCUCGAACAAUCAGAUGAUGAAGUACUUCAUGGAGCUGAAAGGAAAGUUUUCCAAUAAAAUAAUUCGUAAAAGUGCGUUUAAGGACAGUCAUUUUGAUAGUAACUGCAACUUUCUAUCACACGAAGUGGACAAAGUUACUGAAAGGGAUAAAAUUGUGACAAUGUCGUCUGUCACCCCUACAAGGGAUUUGCUAAGGGAACUGGUUGGAAAUCAAGAUCUACCUGCCGAUCAGUACAGAAAAGUGACUCAGUUGAGAGAUCUCCUGGAUCGAGUGCUUAUGUUGGACAACAACAAACGGACAACUACAAAAGACGCAAUGUCGCAUCCAUUUAUAACUGAAAGAAUUUAACAAGUUUCCUUUUCGUGUCUCCUUAGACCUCUGUCAAAAUCAUAAAUUUGUUUAGUAAAAUAGUAUUAUUGGUUUUGACAGUUUUAACUAAUUUUAUAAUUAAGCGUCUAAUUAUUAUACAUGUCGUUAUGAAUAAAAAUAUAUAAUAAAGGGA